GUCAGAUUCAACUGAGAACAGUGAAAGAUCACAGGCUUACUUGAAUACCGCUGCUUAGGAUAAUUUUAAUUUACCUUCAUAAUAGGCGAUAUUUAUAUCGAUUCGGAUCACAAGCACAAGAUAAGAUACAAAUCAGAAACCAAAAAGUAGCGGAUUAAAUUGUAAUAUCAGGGAAAUGCAAGCUUUGAGGCAUUGCGGCUUGUGUGUGUCUAGAGGACUUUUUCAGAGCCGGAAGGACUUCCUGCUUACGCGGGCCAACAUGGCUGCCAUCCGUCAAGCGGCAGCGUGUUUACAUUUAGUCAGAGCCACAGCCAGUGGGAUCUUCAUCAACAGAAAACCUGUACAGCGGCUUCUACGUAUCCCAGAAAUGAUGCAGACAAAUAUUGUGUCCUUCAGCAUGGGCAGUGGACUAUGUACUGUUCCCUUCAUACAGCAGGCAGAAAAUCUCUCACAUGAGUCUCUGAUUCGACGGGCAUCUUGCUUGGUCACAGACAGUGCCAAUACCUACCUUUCCCAAACAACCAUGGCUCUUGUAGAUGCCCUCACACUCUAUACAAAGGCUCUGCACACCCUCAUCGCUCUUCAAAAGCGCUAUUUGUCCUCAAUUGGAAAACUAACUCCUGCUGAGGAAGACAGCAUUUGGCAAGUGAUCAUUGGUCAGAGAGUCGAGGUUGGAGACAGGCUGGAUGAAUGUAAACGCUUUGAGUCAAACUGGAUGAUUGCUAUCAACAUCUGUGAGAUGUCAGCUGAGGCCGCCUACAAUUCAGGAGCAGAACAUGCAUCCAAUGCAUUAAAGAGCAGCAUGCAGGCAGCACAGUCUAUGGUAGAAGAAAUGAGGAAACUCCAAGUGGCGGCGCAGAAGAGUCUUGCUGAAAUGAAAGCUGAAGAGAUCCAGAGAAUGGCUGAGUAUGCAUCAAGUAUCAACUUACAGGAUUUGGAGGAUGUUCCUGAGGCUUACCUUCGUGAAGACUGAGAAAGCAGACAAUGACUGGAAUAUAAUUUGCAGACAUAUUUUGUUCUGCAAGGCCAAUAAUUUGCAUUACUCAUUAAUAGUUAAGAUAAUUAAUAUCUGCACAGAAUGCUUUCCUUUCACCUUGUUAUGUGUGCUAUCUAUUUUAUCUGAAAAAAAAGCUUGUCAUAUAAGCUUAUAAUCACAAUUUCUUAAAUGUAAGCCCGUAAUUUGUCCAGAUGGUUGAGAUCAUUACAAAAAAAAAAAAAAUGUGCUACUGUGUUAUUUUAAUGUAAAUAAAAUGUUAUUUUUCUA